ACUAAUUACAGUAAACGAUUUUCCACAAAUUUUAUGGCGUAACGCAUGAAGCGUAUAUUAAUUAAAUAAAUUUUAUUUUUUUGUGAAAGUAAUUAAAUGAUGAUGUGCUGAAAUAAAUCUACUUUAUAUAAUCAACAUGACUCACGCAGAUCAAGCGCUGAGCGCAAGCGUUCCUCCUGCCAUUCCAUUGGCAGGAAUGUUGAAUUCCUUUUCCCCUACCGCCGAAUCCGAGGAAGCGGCUUCUAUUACUGAUUACCUUGAAGUGAAUUUCGGCAACUUCAGUGCUCAGUCGAAUACGAGUCUAUUCGGUGCACAGGGAAAAGUUCUAGUUGAGAGAUUUACACGAAAUCGUGCCAUCAGCGAUUACUGGCACUACAAAUUGAUUAGCUUAUAUGUUGGGCUGAUUAUAUUUGGCACAGUUGGCAAUAUACUCGUUGUGGUUGCAGUAUUAAGAAAACCAAUAAUGCGCACUGCGCGAAAUUUGUUCAUACUGAAUCUGGCCAUUUCAGAUUUACUGUUAUGCGUAAUAACUAUGCCCAUAACUUUGCUGGAGAUUCUUUCCAAAUACUGGCCGUUUGGUAUGUUCGAAUUGCUGUGCAAAUUGGUUGCUAUGCUGCAAGCUGUGAGCAUAUUUGUGUCGACGAUUUCGAUAACAGCCAUAGCGUUUGAUAGAUAUCAGCUCAUUGUGUAUCCAACGCGGGAUAGUCUCCAAGUUACUGGUGUAAUCAUCAUACUAGGAUUUAUCUGGCUACUCGCAGUACUGCUGGCCAGCCCACUCUUCAUUUAUAAGCGGCUCGAGCAGGCUGAAAUUCCGCCAAUGCUGCAAGCGUUAGGCAUCCACGGUGUUUGCUUUUGCGUCGAAGAUUGGCCACUAAGCAACGGACGAUUCUAUUAUUCCAUUUUUUCCUUAUGUGUGCAAUAUUUGGUGCCAAUACUGAUAGUUUCCGGUGCCUAUUUUGGUAUUUAUAGAAAACUAAAGAGUCGCUCCACAGUCGUGGCAAUGCAGACGCCACAACGCAAAGCCGAGCAUGGCCGGCGUAUGCAUCGAACAAAUGCUCUGCUAGUUACAAUUUCUUGCAUUUUCGGGCUUUCUUGGAUGCCACUAAAUGGUUUCAAUUUGUACGUGGAUAUGCGCAGUCCAGUGGCGGUGACGGAGGGAAUGCUUGUUGUAUAUGCUUUCUGUCAUAUGUUGGGCAUGAGUUCGGCCUGCACGAAUCCAAUGCUUUAUGGAUGGCUGAAUGAAAAUUUCCGUAAAGAAUUUAAAGAAUUAUUAUGUCGUUCUAAAGAAAACACUAAUGUUGCUCUUAAUGGUCAUACGACAGGGAGUGCGCAGACGCGUCGAAGACGUAAACAUGCCGACAUAUCCAAGGGCGAUUUGAAGUUAUUACCCAUCAGCAAUGGCAAUGGAUUGCGAAGCGCCGGCAACGAGUCGGUAGCAAUGACUGAAAAUCCAAUUUCUACAGAAGUAACCACAUUGACAGCGGUAAAUUGACAACAAAAACUCAAACAGAAACAGAAACAACGACAACUGAAAAUACAACACAAUAAUUAUAAGAAUAGGCAAGAAAAUAAUUGUAAACAGAUA